AUGAGUACUACAACGGCAAAGGAAAUUAUGCCAGAAGAACUGCCUGUGUACACUGACCUCAGCCAGCAGUUUGUACCGUUUGAGGAAUCCGACCAAUCUGCUACACCACCUGUAAGCACUGCAGAAUCCGGCAGAUCUGCUACACCACCUUUGACCAUUGAAGAAAAUGAAUCUGAUGAACAACCAGAAAAUUGCUAUGAUGAAACAGUAAAUCGAUCUCCUAAUAGCCAUUAUCAUCGGAAUGUCAGCGGAUGUGAAGCACCGAAAAUGUUAGAAGAGGUCAAAGUGGCGGAUGGAGGAUCGGGAGCAACUGCACGGAUAUCUAAACAAUUCCGGAAGCGAAAUGCAAGGCGAAGAGGAGGGAAUGGACUGUGCCCACCGCAUCCACCGGAAGAUGUGCCAGUUGUGAAUUGGAGUGAGCCAAGCGAAAUCAAGCAUAUAUUUCCAAAGACGUAUAACUACGUGGUGUACGCUCAAGCGCGCUACAGUUCUCAGUAUCUUAACUUGUCAAAGUGGAGAAAGGAAUUUGAUUUUUUCCUUGAUAAAUAUAAAUACUGGUGUGAUAUCAUUCAAAAAAAACAACUCACUGACCAUAAAGAAAUCACCAAAGCGAAACAACUUGUGGGACAGCUCAGAUGGUUGCUGGAUCACUGUUGGGAAGGCGUUGAAAGCAAAUCUUUAGUACCAGAAAUGUUGUGGAGAGCUCGAAAGGAGGAAACUCGAAGAUGUGAACAAUUACUAAUUCGUAAGGAAUAUUACAAAAGGGAAGUACUGAUGAAGACCGCUGUACCAUCAUUAUCUCGAUGUGCGAAUGCCAAUAUACAAAAAGCUUUGGGGAGAUAUGACGAUGAUCGCAGCUGUUCGCUUAAAGAUAAUACAAUGAAGCUUUCGUCCAUGUUUCAGAGAAAGACUGUGGGACAGGCUGAAAUCGACGACAACGUUAUUGGGUUAUCGGAAUCGACAUUAUCUAAUAAAAUAGAGAGAGAAGAGGAGCAAGAAGACGACCUGUCGAAUUUUUGGAAAGAGCGUGGUCAAAUUAUCAAGAAAAAAGCGCACCUCUUUUCGGUCCAGUUCUUAGUACGUCGUUGGGCAGGUGUGCUAAAACAUCUGCAAACGCCAUCAGGAAUAAUGCGGUCGUUAUUUGAUCGUAAUGUCAUGCAAAAUCGUUUGGAACAAUACGUUCAAGAUUUGGCAGCCACGUAUGAAAAGAUUAAAGAUUCAGAUGAUUUCGACGAGCAAAUCAUUCACGUUCUUUUACGGCGGGAUGUGUUAUUGAAAGAGGAAUUGUGUGAUAAUGGUUUGGAAUCACUCACCAACAACUGGAUUAUUUUCGAAUCGAAAUCACCCAAAGCUUUCAAAAAAAAACUGGAUAAAGAAAUGAGUUCCCGAGAACCAUCGAAAUCACCGGAGAAGUUUUCGUCCUCAAACACUUCUUCGACAUUGCUGAAAGUGAGGGACUAUCUGGAUGAUGACGUAAAAUCUGCUACAACAACUACAUCGAAUUCCAGAACAGGGCAAGUGAAGUAUGAUCCAUCAGAGGUCACGAAUAUGAUGCAGCUUGCUGCAACACGAGACAAUGGAGCGAGCAUGUCAGGUAGAUCUGGUUUAACAGCUAGAGCUGAAAUCCCUCGCCCUGUGGCAAUUAAACCAUCUAACUUAACAGAAGAUGAAAAAAAUCGAUUGGAGUUGCAAGAAGUUGUAGCAGUGGAGGGAUUGUGGGCAGCAUUUGCCAAAACGGAAACACCAAAAUUCAAAGAUGACAAACCAAUACUGGAUGCUAUUGAAGCUGUUCUAAACUCAUGCAGGAGUUAUCGAGCAGUGCUUGAAGUUCCUCUACCAAAAACGCUUGCAGACUUACGACGUAACGUGAAAUUCCGCAAAAUUCAUGAAGCAGUAGCACUUCUGCAAGCGUUGAUAAUUCAGAGACACGAAGCAAAAACAGGUCGUCGAGUUGAUCUAACUCUUUUUGAAACUCCGGAAAUUAGAAGACUCCGAACACAAUUUGCUCCUUCAGCUGCAGUAUACAAUUCGAAUCCUGCCGUUUCAGUGGGGCCAACAAAAAUUGUUUCUCAGAUUUCAAGUUCAUCUGGCGCAAAAUUUUCGGAAAAUGACAUUAAGCAGGAACUGGAUGGGUUACCACCCAAAAAGAAGCAAAAACAACUGGAUGGAAAAGUAACUGAAUCUGGUAAGAAUGAAUUGGGAAGAGAAGCGAAAUUGGAGAAAAUUGAUGGCGGCAUCGAAAUGUUGACUACGAAUCGCCCAAAGCGUAAUAUUAAAGCACCACAAAGAUUCAUAUUCGAUGACGAAGAAAAAGAAGAGGAAAAAAAGAAAAAAACGAUGACGCGUGAACGGACAAAAACUGCCAAAGGGAAUAGUUCAAAAAUAAUAGAAAAACUGAAAAAUACAUCGCAGCAUACCAGUAGCCGGAAAGGAAAUCGUGAAAAAAAGGCUGAUUCGUCAGCGACGUCAAUGGAGUUAUCAAACAUGGAAACAAUUGUGGUAAUUCCAGAAGAUGAUAAUAUGGAUAUAAAUGACCGUAAUUAUUGGCCCUCAAACACUGAUGACGGAAUGCUUUUGGAUCUAGAUUUAGUUGACGUAACAGCUGAGCAUGAAUUCAAAUGUGAAUGUGAUGGAAUAGUGCGUGAUGUGUUUCGAUAUAUCGGCACUUGGAAAAAUGGUACUGCUAAAAAAGUAAGCAGACGUGUAUAUGAACUAUGGACGAAUCGCAAGAUUGCUGGAACAAGCGGACAAGUAACUACUGAAGAAAACAAGAGCAAGGAAACAGAAAGUACAACUGAACAGCAGCGAUCAAUAUCGCCAGAAAUUGUACAACAGAAACAGAUAUCGUCCACCGAUUUAUUGACAUAUCCGGAUGAUAAUGGUAGUUCGAACCAACUGUUGGUAAACCACAACAGUGUCUCAAGCAUUUACUCGAAUGAUUCUAGCAAUCGUUUGUCAAAUACCGGACCAUGUAGCUCUCAAAAUAUCGCGUCUAGAAGUACUUCCGGAGAACAGAAUGAAGAUGGGGAUUGUGGUCCCUGGCGACAAGUAGCAUUUCGAAAGGAGGCGUCGCUGAGUGGACCAGCAAAAAUGGACAAAUUGAAAACGCAGUAUGACCAUUUGCUUAUGAUUUCGGAAAAGAAUUAUGUGGAAAAGUUGUACUCAGAAUGGAUGUAUGUUCCGGAAGGUGGUCCAUUCGAUGAUAGAAUAAAACAUAUAAGGCAGUUUAUUCAAGAACUGGAAGAUGUACUCAAGCAACCAAACUCAACAUGGAGAGAUUAUUUCAACAUGAAAAAAUACUUGCAAACACUGAUUGAUAACGUUAUGGUUGAUUUCAGUGCGUUAUCUGGACAAGCUGCAUCUCCUCAUCUUUUGCUUACAUCUGAUACGGCGUUUUCGUCCAGCAGAAGUACCAUGAGUGAUGUCGGACGUGAUAAUGCCGAUAUUUCGAUUAGGCCAAAUUCGAAUUGAAUAACAUUGCGAUUUGCCCUCUGCAUGGAUUAGUCGGUUAUUGAUUUUUUUGCAAUUUCCUAUCUUUUUAAAGAAAAGAAUUGUCAUUUAUUCCGUUUAAUAUGGAAUUGGGAUGUUUUUCAUGUAUUUGUGGUAGCUAACUUCUAUCCCUAAUUACCACAGAUCUCGUGCCUGUGUCAGGUUCACGAUUUCAUAGAUUUCCUACUUUUGGAAAUGCUGGAUCCGAAGGAAGAAAUAUGCUUUAAACGUGGUUCAAGUUCUUUUCAAUUUAGUGCGGCUUUCACUUUGAGCUUGUGCAGAUUUAAGCAACGUUCCCAUAUCGAAAACAGUUUUUCGGAAGUUUUAUUUAUAGCUUCUAUAAAAUUAAACUUUCUUAGUCGUUC